GGGGGGGGGAAAUGGCAGGGCGGAGCCAGAACGCAUACCGGCUCUUCACGCCGGUGACCGGGCCCGAGCCCACGGGGCUGGCCUCGGACGAUUUGGACGAGGCCGACGUCUGGGGGUGCGCCCUCGAGCCCAGAUCAGCCGAGCACCGCAAGCCGGUCCCCGCCGCCCGGUCCGGGAGGAAGAAAGCGGAGAUCCGCGACCGGGUCACCGCGCCUGCGUCGCUGCCGGUGAACAUCCCGGACUGGUCCAAGAUACUGCGAGAGGAGCACAGAGGCAACAGCAGCAGCAGUAGCAGGAGAGAUUUCGAGGACGACGCCGACGACGAGGGGGUGGGCGGCGGGCCGGUGAUCCCACCGCACGAGCUGCUGUGGCGGAGCCGGGGCGCCUCGUUCUCGGUCCACGAGGGGAUAGGCCGGACCCUCAAGGGCCGGGACCUGAGCCGGGUCCGGAACGCCGUCUGGGAGAAGAUCGGCUUCCAAGACUGACCGAAUCGAUUUCUUCAUUUUAGCAUGAAAGGAAAGAAGAGGAUUUUGAAACCAUAUAUGGAUAUGGAUAUGGACAUAUAUGGAUAUGGAUAUGGAAGAAUAUAUGGAAUUUUUUCCAUAUACUCUCUCUCUCUCUCUCUCUCUCUCUCUCUCUCUCUCUUGCAGACAUGGGUUCUGAUUUCUGACUUAAUUCAGGGGAUUGUAUUUUGUUCUCUCUAAUGGAAAUUCCGUGCUGGAAUGACCGCACUCUUCUUUUUCAUAAUUUGAUUUGAUUAUUAUUAUUA